AUGUUCAAUAAAACCACCCAAAAUUUCGUUUUAUCCACCCUUUCUUAUGAAACACUCCAAUUAUCCCUUACACAACCUGCACAUCCAUCGGUUUUUGGGAAUAUCAAGAAGGGUAAUAUUUAUGUUGUGGGUUCUUGCAAUGGUCUCGUUUGUCUCUACGCUAGGUCAUUAGAUGAAUUCGAAGUUGUUAUAUGGAAUCCUGCAACUAGAGAAACAAAGGUUGUCCCCAAAUCAAACCUGCCCCGCCUCCUCCCCGCUGGCUAUAAGACCAUAAUUGAUUCUAUCGAAUUUGGUUUUGAUGCCAAAACUAAUGACUACAAGAUAAUCAACCUUCUUACUCCCUAUGAUAUGUUAGCUAACUCAUUCACUGAAAGGAUAAUCCAAAGUGAGGUAUACAGCUUAAGUGCCGAUUCUUGGAGAAAAGGUGAUAGCCCCCUGUGUUGUUCCGGUGAGCUUUAUACCGUUGGCUUGAACACAUACAUCAAUGGGAUGGCUUCUUGGGCGGCAUCAAAUCGUAGUUGGGAUGGUAUCUUGUCAUUUGACAUGAGCGACGAGGUAUUCCUAAAAACACCGCUGCCAGAUGAUGUUUUGGAUAAUUGUAACUUAUCAAAAAAUGGUUUGGGUAAUUGUAAGAGAAGCUUUUUCUUGUUCAAGGAAUCGAUUGCUAUGGCAGUUACUACCCUGGUUGAUUAUUGUAUCUGCUUUGAUAUAUGGCGGUUGCUUGAAGUUGGUGUGAAGGACUCCUGGACUAAGCUUUUCACUAUUGGACCGUUUUCAGAAUAUAUUGACAGACCAUUAGGAUUUUGGAAGAGUAGCACCAUGUUCUUGACAAAGUUUAACCAACUUUUCUUGUAUAACCCCUUUACCAAUCAAAUGGUUGAUCUCCAAAUUCGUGGAGGCUUGAGGCGGUUGGUUACUUACAAGGAAAGCCUAGUUUCUGUCCAGAGAGGAAAUGAAUUUGAAGAGCAGGACGAUUGUUGA